GAGGAGGACUUACAACAACAACAACAACAUCAGCAGCAGCAACAACAAUUUAUCUACAAGCCGAAAUUAUUUUGAGUUUUAUGUCCUGUUUUUUCAAUUCCCGAUUUAAUUGGACUCCACUGUGCGCGAGUUAAAGAAUUUCGUUGGUCGUGAGAAAAACUGUGCGGCACUCAGCGUUGAAAAUGUGCGCUAAAUAAAACUGUUAAAAAAAUUAAAUAAAAAAAUAACUGAAAACACAUUAAUAAUUAUUUAUAUAAUAAUUGUCAAUAAUACAAAUUGUAAUAAAAAAGUUAAUCCAACCAACAAAAUUGGUCAUAAUAUGAUCAAGUCAAAGGACUUUGCCUAAGACAAAAUUCAAGUUCAAGCCAGCUUUUCGUUUGGCUGUAAUCCAGAGUAAAGUUAACCGCAACCUAAGACAAGCCAAGCAGCCAAGAUGUCGUCGGUUAAGGUGGCGGUGCGAGUGCGCCCGUUCAACUCGCGGGAGAUCGCACGGGAGUCCAAAUGCAUCAUUGAGAUGAGCGGGGCCACAACGGCCAUUACCAAUCCGAAGGUGCCACCAAACACGAGCGAGUCCGUCAAGCGCUUCAACUUUGAUUACUCCUACUGGUCGCAUGAUCCGCGCGAUUCGGACUUCUCCACACAAGCGAUGGUCUACAAGGACAUUGGAGAGGAGAUGCUUCAACACUCCUUUGACGGCUAUAACGUCUGCAUCUUUGCCUAUGGACAGACAGGUGCGGGUAAAUCCUACACCAUGAUGGGUCGGCAGGAGGAGCAGCAGGAGGGCAUUAUUCCCAUGAUAUGCAAGGAUCUCUUCGGUCGCAUUCAGGAGACCGAAACCGACGACCUCAAAUAUUCCGUAGAGGUCUCCUACAUGGAAAUCUAUUGCGAGCGCGUGCGGGAUUUGCUAAACCCGAAAAACAAAGGCAACUUGCGUGUACGUGAACAUCCACUGUUGGGUCCCUAUGUGGAGGACCUGUCCAAGUUGGCUGUCACCGACUACCAGGACAUACACGAUCUCAUCGACGAGGGCAACAAGGCGCGCACUGUGGCAGCUACCAACAUGAACGAGACGAGCUCCCGCUCGCAUGCAGUUUUUACCAUUUUCUUUACACAGCGUCGUCAUGACACCAUGACCGACUUGGUCACUGAGAAAGUCUCCAAGAUAAGUUUGGUGGACUUGGCUGGCUCGGAGCGUGCCGAUUCCACAGGUGCUAAGGGCACUCGCUUGAAGGAGGGCGCCAACAUCAACAAGUCCUUGACAACCCUAGGCAAAGUCAUAUCCGCAUUGGCGGAGGUGUCUGUAUCCAAGAAGAAGAACUCGAAGAAGGCAGACUUCAUACCUUAUCGCGACUCAGCUCUGACCUGGUUGCUGCGCGAGAAUCUCGGCGGCAAUUCCAAGACAGCCAUGAUAGCUGCCAUAUCACCAGCCGAUAUUAACUACGAUGAAACUUUAAGCACCCUACGCUAUGCGGACCGUGCCAAGCAAAUUGUUUGCAAGGCUGUCGUCAAUGAGGAUGCCAAUGCCAAACUUAUACGCGAGCUCAAGGAGGAGAUUCAGAAGUUGCGCGAUCUGCUCAAGGCUGAGGGCAUUGAGGUGCAGGAGGGACCCGAUGGCAAAGUGGUGUGUGAGAAGCGCGAUGCGAAUAAGGAUGAGCUCAGCAAGUCGUCGGUGAUUAAGUCGCCGACCAAAGGACGCAAUCGCAAUGGCUCUACCACAGAAAUGGCUGUGGAUCAGCUGCAGGCCAGCGAGAAGCUUAUUGCAGAACUCAAUGAGACCUGGGAGGAGAAGCUCAAGCGCACCGAGGAGAUCCGCUUGCAGCGUGAAGCGGUGUUUGCGGAGAUGGGCGUAGCCGUGAAGGAGGACGGUAUCACAGUGGGCGUAUUCUCACCCAAAAAGACACCCCACUUGGUUAAUUUGAACGAAGAUCCAAAUUUGUCGGAGUGCUUGCUCUACUACAUCAAAGACGGACUCACACGUCUGGGCACACAUGAAGCUAAUGUUCCGCAGGACAUUCAGCUGUCCGGCUCUCAUAUUCUCAAGGAACACUGCACCUUUGAGAAUCGUAACAGCACCGUGACCCUGUUGCCCCACAAGGAUGCCAUCAUAUUCAUUAAUGGCCGAAAGCUUGUUGAGCCCGAGGUCUUGAAGACAGGCUCACGCGUGAUUCUGGGCAAGAAUCACGUGUUCCGCUUUACCAAUCCUGAACAGGCGCGUGAGCUGCGCGAAAAGAUCACCGAGAACGAGGCAGAGAAUGAGGUAGAGAAGGCGGACACACAGCAAGUCGACUGGAACUUCGCUCAGUGCGAGCUGCUGGAGAAGCAGGGCAUCGACCUCAAGGCCGAGAUGAAGAAGCGCCUCGACAACCUGGAGGAGCAGUACAAGCGCGAAAAGCUCCAGGCCGACCAACAGUUCGAGGAACAGCGCAAGAACUACGAGGCGCGCAUCGAUGCCUUGCAGAAGCAAGUGGAAGAGCAGUCCAUGACCAUGUCCAUGUACAGCAGCUACUCGCCCGAGGAUUUCCACCAAGAGGAGGAUGUUUAUACCAAUCCCAUGUACGAGUCGUGCUGGACCGCACGCGAAGCAGGGCUAGCUGCCUGGGCCUUCCGCAAGUGGCGCUAUCACCAGUUUACAUCGCUGCGCGAUGAUCUCUGGGGCAACGCUAUAUUCCUCAAGGAAGCUAAUGCCAUUUCCGUGGAGCUCAAGAAAAAGGUACAAUUCCAAUUUACCUUGUUGACCGACACCUUGUACUCGCCGCUGCCACCGGAGCUGGCCUCGAGCAUGACACCUAUGCAACCGGAGGAUGAGUAUGGCGCACCGCCAGUCUCGAAGACUCUAGUCGCCGUUGAGGUCACAGAUACCAAGAAUGGAGCUACCCAUUAUUGGUCGCUGGAGAAGCUACGCUAUCGCCUCGAAUUGAUGCGCCAAGUGUACAAUGUCGAGAGUCCGCCCUCGUCCAUGCUCUUCGAUACGUCCAGCAUUGAGGCGGGCGGCAGUGGAGGAGCAAUAGCAAGGGAGCUGGCAAAGCCUUCGGCACCCUCGACUCAGUACCAGGCUCAUCCUCAGCCGCAGUCGCCGCCUCAGAGUCAGCUCCAGUCUCAGCAGCACAUGGAGCAGCCCGAGUUGAAGCCUCAGCUGCGUCAGGCGUAUCCCACGCGUUUGACAUUGGCCAAUCUGAUACCUUCUAGACAACGCUUGGAGCUAAUGCGUGAAAUGUAUCACAACGAGGCUGAGUUGAGUCCCACCUCGCCGGACUACAAUGUGGAGAGUUUGACUGGGGGCGAUCCAUUCUACGAUCGCUUCCCGUGGUUCCGCAUGGUCGGUCGCUCCUUCAUCUACUUGAGCAAUCUGCUCUAUCCGGUGCCCCUGGUGCACAAGGUGGCCAUUGUCAACGAGCGAGGCGAUGUGCGGGGCUAUCUGCGCAUUGCUGUGCAGCCGGUGCUGGAUGAGGAGUCGAUCGACUUCAACAAUGGCGUGAAGCAGUCGGCUCGCCUGGUCUUCAAUGAGGACGAUGCUAAGCCCAAGUACCGUGCGCUCAACGAAAAGGACGAUGUGCAGCGUUACAUAGAUAACGGAGGAUUGGAUAGCAAACUGGAAGAACUAGAGGAUGCAGAUUCUGGUCGCGGCAUUGACUCCAACUCCGCUUCGGAGUAUCACGAGCAGGCCGAGGAGCCUGGCGAGCACUUGCAGAUCGGCAAGGAGUUCACCUUCCGUGUGACCGUGCUUCAGGCCACGGGCAUUGGCGCCGAGUACGCCGACAUCUUCUGUCAGUUCAACUUCUUGCAUCGCCAUGAGGAAGCCUUCUCCACAGAGCCGGUCAAGAACUCCGCCUCGGGCGCUCCACUCGGUUUCUAUCAUGUGCAAAAUAUAACUGUGCCCGUCACCAAGUCCUUUAUCGAGUAUCUGAAGACCCAGCCCAUCAUGUUUAAGAUCUUUGGGCACUAUCAGACACAUCCUCUGCAUAAAGAUGCCAAGCAGGAGUUCGUGUCUCGUCCACCACCAAGACGCAUGCUGCCACCAAGCAUACCCAUUAGUCAGCCAGUGCGCAGUCCCAAAUUCGGACCGCUGCCCUGUCCGCCAUCCUCCACGGUCUUGGCGAAGCAUGAUGUUCUGGUGUGGUUCGAGAUCUGUGAGCUGGCCCCCAAUGGCGAGUAUGUGCCAUCGGUGGUUGAGCACAGCGAUGAUCUGCCCUGUCGCGGACUCUUUUUGCUGCAUCAGGGCAUACAGCGACGCAUACGCAUUACCAUUGUGCAUGAGCCCACGCCAGAGGUGAAGUGGAAGGACAUUAAUGAGCUGGUGGUUGGACGCAUCCGCAAUACGCCCGAGUCCUCGGAUGAGCAGGACGAGGAUGCCUGUGUGCUCUCGCUGGGCUUGUUCCCGGGAGAGGUAGUCGAGGUGCCCGGCGACGAUCGCUCCUUCUACCGCUUCGAGGCAGCCUGGGACUCCAGUCUGCACAAUUCAGCACUACUCAAUCGCGUCUCGCAGGGUGGCGAAACCAUCUACAUUACGCUCAGCGCCUAUCUGGAGCUGGAGAACUGCGCUCGCCCAGCCAUUAUUACCAAGGAUCUCAGCAUGGUCAUCUAUGGACGCGAUGCACGCACUGGUCCGCGCUCCCUAAAGCAUCUAUUCUCUGGCCAGUACCGCAAUCCGGAGGCCAAUCGUCUCUCUGGCGUCUACGAGCUGUCGCUGCGCAGAGCAUCCGAAGCAGGUAGUCCAGGAGUUCAGCGUCGACAGCGCCGUGUCUUGGACACCAGCUCCACGUAUGUGCGUGGCGAGGAGAAUCUGCAUGGCUGGCGGCCACGCGGCGAUUCGCUGAUCUUCGAUCAUCAGUGGGAGCUGGAGAAGCUGACACGUCUGGAGGAAGUGGGACGCAUGCGUCAUUUGCUGCUGCUGCGUGAGCGUCUGGGCAUGGACACCAAUCCCAAUCCGACAACCAAGACCGAAAAGGACGUUUGCAAUCUGGCUGCCCGUGCGGCCACUUCGCCCGUGCACAUGGUUAUCCCACAGUCGCCCCAAACGCCAGUCAAGGAUGCGCAGCAGAUGCUGCCAGAGCGUGAGUACAAUCAACGCGAGCAGGAACUCAUGCUGAAGUGCUUGAAGCUAGUGCAAGGUCGAUACAUCAAGUCCGAAGCGAACGAUACGCAGACCCAGUCAGAUGUUUCGCCCAGCGAUGAGGGCUGCGCCGAUAUGACCGUCAGUUGCAUCUCCAGCAAUUCCAUGGAAAACAACAAAUUUGUAAUUCGACGCAGAUUGUGCUCACCGGAUCGCUCCGAUGCGCCGAAUGGAUGGGAAGCACCCGCACCGGCUACACAGCCGGCUCUUCCUUUGCGCCUGUAUGUGCCCGAACUGGAGGAGAUCCGGGUUAGUCCCGUGGUGGCACGCAAGGGCCUGUUGAAUGUGCUCGAGCACGGUGGCUCUGGCUGGAAGAAGCGCUGGGUGAUUGUACGACGUCCUUACGUCUUUAUCUAUCGCUCAGAGAAGGAUCCAGUGGAGCGAGCUGUGUUGAAUCUGGCCACGGCACAGGUUGAAUGCAGCGAGGAUCAGGCAGCUAUGGUCAAGAUACCCAACACCUUUAGCGUGGUGACCAAGCAUCGCGGCUAUCUGCUGCAAACUUUGGGCGACAAGGAAGUGCACGACUGGCUCUAUGCCAUCAAUCCACUGCUGGCUGGCCAAAUCAAAUCUCGCCUGGCGCGUCGUACUUUGGAGCCCGCCUCGCAGACGGCAUCGCAGAUCCAGGCCAGCAACGCGGCGAAUGCAGCUAGUGCGAAUAAAUGAGAUACAAUUACGAUGGAGUCCGUUUUGGUUUACUGAGACGCGAGCUAUGGCUGGCUGCAGCGGCUGGGCAUGGGCAGGCGCCACAAGGAGGAAGCGCCACAGGCAGCUGGCAAAUGAGCGUCACAUGGCCAAAGAUUCCAUCGCUAAUGUUACGACACACAAUAUAGGAAUAUAAGAAAACCCAACACAAAGAAAACAUGAAAAUGAAAACCCGAAAUGCAAAGCGUACGUAAUAAUUAAGUAGUGACAAAAACAUGUUUAUUGAGUAUUGUAAUUGUAUUUAAUUAUAAUUAUUAUUUUGAGCUAACGGCCAAAAUUAGGCAGCAGUGAGCGUGGCACAGUUAUUGUGGCAUACUUAGCGGGCGCUCGCAAUAUUUGGCAAUACAUUUGAUAUAUCCACAUAUAUACAAUAUAUAUAUGUAUGUAAACAUAUGUUUUGUAAAUAGUUUUUAUGUUACCGAAUUGUAUGAUAACAUAUUAGUUAAUUUAUUAUUUAAUUGCCGAACAAACUUUCAAUUUUCCACGUGAUAUUAUGUUCGAAUUAGAGAGCCUUUGUUUAAACGAAAACAAGAAAAAGAACAAGAACAUGAACAGCACACUCCACA